AGCGAACGCUUUGGGCUUAUGCAUUCGAUGGCCGAGCUUGGCCGUGACCUCUUCGAGCGCAAGGUCGCUCCGAUUUCAAUGCUCUCGAAGCUCGAUGCAAUGAACCCUGCAGACCUGGACCUGAUUCGUGCGUUGGCCAACAAUGCAAGUCUCGUCGAGAGAUUUCGUCAUCAAAUUGAGCUGUUUGCGCGCCUUCAACGGCAGCCGGAAGACACACUGCGGCGCUUCAGUCUUAACGGGGAUAACCGACUCGACUUCAAGGAGUUCCAACCCGCGCUGAAGCGGCUUUUUGGCCACGAUAUCUCGCACGCUCAGUCCCGCGACCUCUUCCUCGCGUUUUGCCCCACGUCGGCCAAGAAGCUCGACAUCGACACGUUUUGCCAGAUCAUGGGCCAUUGGAGCCAGCUACGAAGCGUGUCGGUCGCCACACCGUCACCAGUACCGAGCAUCAGCCGAUCAAGCGGGCAAAUGGAUUCACACGCAAACCUCCGCCGUGGCCUUGAGCUCGCGACAAUCAAUUACGACAAGCUCAGCGACAUGUUUCUGAAGAUGGACGUUGGGUGCACGGGCUACUUGACCAAGGAGGAGUUUGAGCUUGCGAUGGGUCACCUCGGCAUCUACUUUACGCUCCAGGAAUACGACCAGCUGUACGCACAGCUGCCGCCGACAGUACUCGACACGUGUGGCUUGCUCUACAGCGGCUUUCUCGCCCUCCUUGGCGUGAAAAUGUCGUCGCUUUUCCACAACCAAAAGAUUUGGGAGGCUGUCUUGGCCGUCACUGACGCCAUCAAGCUUCAGUUGGCACAGAAGGCGAAAGAGGGCCGAGAUGUUUUGUCGCCUGACGACCUUCGGUCUGUGCUCGGUGCAUGUGGUGUUACCUUGUCAAACGCAGACUUCACGGGCCUUCGACUGCGCCUUCAACCGUACAUGAAUGCGAAUGGCGACAUCACGAUUGCUUCGUUGCACGCAGCGCUACACGACAAGACAGCGUCCGUACUUCAUGGGGCAACAUGCGCUCCGGCGCCUGGAUCACCUGCAAAACGCGGCAAGAAGAUGGCGAUUGAUAGAUGUGCCGGCGGAUCAGCUUUCGCCGCUGGAAAGACCACUGAGCAAAGAAACGCCGAAGCCCACCACAGCCUCGUGCGGAUGCCAGACCAAAAGUCAAAGUCCGAGUUUGGCGCAACGUUUUUGCAGCUGCCCGUCCAGACUGAGUCGCGACCGGCGGACAAUUGCCUUGAGGCGCGCAUUCUGCACAAGCUCGCAACGCUCAAAGAGACGGGCCCUACCCACCUUGAGAGUGCCCGGAACGUAUUUCCUGGAGAUCGCUUCGGUCGGCUCACACGCGGUCAGUUGCGGCAGUCACUGGCUCAGCUGGGCAUCGUCUCUCGGUAUGCAGAAAUUGAGGGACUCUUUUGGACACUGGAUCCAACUGGUCGUGGCUACGUCAUUGCCGAAGACUUUUACAAGCACUUGCAGCACGAUGUAAAUGGAGAGGCGAGCGCUGGCAAAGAGAGUCGAGAUGUCAACGCAAACGCCGACGAACGAACGUAUCGCUUUGAAGAACAGCGGUUCAUUGAUGUUCUUGAGGCCAAGGUACCAAAUGUGCUGCGCGUAUGCCGGCGCAUCGAUUCGGCCCACUCGGGGUCGCUUUCGAAAGCCGACUUUAUCUGGGCCAUGCAGGAGGCAGGUCUGCUCAUGUCCCAGAGCGAUGCGUCAACCGCCAUCUCAACCUUGUCAUCUCGGAAAGACGGCGUCGUCGCCUAUGAAACGAUCUCUGCGACGCUGGAAGCUCUUCGCGCCAAGCGUCGCCGUCACGCGAUGCAUCUCUCCAAUACGGCGCUAUUGUUGGACCCACCUACAACGCCCGAGCCCCUGGCAACCACUGCACGCCACGACUACCCAGCCCGUCGGUCGAGCUUAUCGUUACGCUACGACGAAACCGAGUCACCGGUGCAAGAGAAGGACAAGGACUUGACCUUUGCGCUACAGCCCAACCCGAGCGUGGACCAGAAGGUUGUCGAGGAGCGCCAGAUGCGCCAGGCCGCAGCGAAGCAGCUCGGUCUCGUCAACAGCAUACUCGAGAAGCGCAGCGAGCUCAAGUUGUGCUUUGACUUGUACCCGUACAAACCGUCCGUCGGUGGCUGUAUCGUUCUGAGCCUCGACGCGAUCGCAGAAAUACUUGCAUCGGCGCGCAUGGGCUUGGCCAUUCCAACACUGCACGACGCAGUCGCUUUCGUUCGCAGCAUAGUUCCGAGUGGUGCCAAGGAACUCAGCUUUGUAGAGCUCAUUCGAGGACUCAACCAAGCUCAGCACUCGGAUGCACGCAGUGGCCCUUUAGGAGAACCAAUCGCGACCUGGGACACGUCUUGCAUUCAAAGCGCCCUUCGACGCAAGCUUACACUCGAGAGCACGCUACGCGACGUUGGAGUGCACAACUGGUCUCGCACCGGGAGCAUCAUCGUUCGGCAUGCGUUCAAGGGUCUAGCGUCGCGCGAGAUGACGACGGGUGCAGCUCGCGGCGGCCAAUACGACGCGACGUGCCGCAACGCCGACCUCAAGCAUGUUUGCUUUCGCCUCUCGCUCGAUCUCACACCAACGGAAGCUGCCUUUCUCCUGCGUCACAUGCACGCCGUCGAGCGCGGGUUCUUUUCGUCGUCAGACCUCUUUCAGUGCUUUAGUGUCGUGCUAUUCCCUCCGCCGCACCCGACGCCAGCCAUCGCGUAGAGCUCGUUGUUGUAAGAACGUUGCGAUCCAUCUUUGCCCAGUCGAGUGCGUCCAUACAACUAGACUACAGUACGUGAGCCUAGAAUGGCUCUAUAAUCUAGAGUCGAUGUGUGUCAA